AUGGCUUCAUUGUCUGCUUCCUCUACAUUUCCCUUCUAUAAUGCCAAUCAGAAGAGGCUGCAAAUCCCUGUAGUUGGUAGGCGAAGGUAUCUCUCAUCACCUCGCAAGAUUUCCUGUAAAUCUAAAGAUAGAGGUGGAAAAGAAAUAGACAGGAGGGAUGUGUUGAUUGGUUUAGGGGGGCUCUAUGGUUCAACAAGCUUCAAUGUUGAUCCAUUAGCCUUAGCAGCUCCACUGAAGUCUCCAGACCUCUCCAAAUGUGGUGCAGCAGACUUGCCUCUAGGUGCUAAACCUAUCAAUUGCUGCCCACCAAAGAAGUUAAAGAUCGUUGAUUUCAAGCUUCCAUCGCUGUUGUCGUCGUCGUCGCCGAUGAGGGUCAGGCAAGCAGCUCACUUGGUGAACGAUGAAUACAUCGCUAAGUACUCUAAAGCAAUCGCACUCAUGAAAGCUCUCCCAGCUGAUGACCCAAGAAGCUUCACGCAACAGGCUAACGUUCAUUGUGCUUAUUGUGAUGGUGCUUAUGACCAAAUUGGUUUUCCACAUUUGGAAAUCCAAGUUCACAAUUCAUGGUUUUUCUUUCCAUGGCAUCGAUACUAUCUUUAUUUCUUUGAGAAGAUUUGUGGAAAGCUUAUCAAUGAUCCUACUUUCGCUUUACCCUUCUGGAAUUAUGAUUCCCCUGGGGGGAUGCAAAUGCCUGCAAUGUAUGCUAACCCAAACUCACCUCUUUAUGAUAAGCUUCGCGAUCCAAAGCAUCAACCCCCUACAAUGGUGGAUCUAGAUUACGACAAAGUUGAUCCCAACACGAUCGGUCAGGAACAAAUUGCAAGCAAUCUCUCUAUCAUGUAUCGUCAGGUGGUGUCUAACGCCAAGACUACACAGCUCUUCUUUGGUACUCCUUACAGGGCAGGGGAUGAACCAGAUCCCGGAGCUGGUUCGGUAGAGAAUGUUCCCCAUGGCCCGGUUCAUUUAUGGUGUGGUGACCGGAGUCAACCCAAUCUUGAGGAUAUGGGUAAUUUUUACUCGGCCGCUCGGGAUCCCAUCUUCUUUGCUCACCAUUCUAACAUUGACAGGCUGUGGACGAUAUGGAAAGGGCUCGGAGGAAAGAGAAAGGACUACACUGAUCCAGACUGGUUGAACACAGAGUUUCUCUUUUACGACGAAAACGCGCAGCUGGUACGAGUUAAGGUUAGAGAUACCCUGGAUGAGAAGAAGUUCAGGUACACAUACCAGGAGGUGGACAUUCCAUGGCUCAAAGCUCGACCAACACCUCGUAAAACUAAAGUCAAGCCAACGGCAGACGAUAGUGGUGGUCAGUUCCCAAGAGCUCUGGAUUCAGUGGUGAAGACAGUGGUGAAAAGACCAAAGAAAUCGAGAAGCAAGAAAGAGAAGGACGAUGAGGAGGAGAUAUUGGUGAUAGAAGGAAUAGAGCUUGACAGAGACGUGUUUGUGAAGUUUGAUGUGUUUAUUAAUGACGAAGACGAGACGGUAUCAGGGCCUGGUAAUAGUGAGUUUGCAGGAAGCUUCGUCAAUGUACCACACAAGCAUGGGAAGAAGAUGAAUAUGAAGAAUUUCAAAACGUGUCUGAGAUUAGGAAUAACAGAUUUACUGGAGGACUUGGAAGCUGAAGAUGAUGAAACAGUGGUAGUGACUUUGGUCCCACGACAAGGGAAAGAUGUCGUUACCAUUGGAGGGCUCAAGAUAGAGUUAGCCUCUUAGAUUU